AGGACGCGCAUCCGCGCAAAUAGGAUAUGCGUACAGUUGCGCACAAAUAGAAUAUGUCUACAGUAGUGGGCUCGCAUGCUUAGACAAUGCCAGGUUGAGGAGAACACCGCGCGAGUGCAGCACCCUCAUCCGGCAAGGAUACGGAUGCACGGCGGCUUCGCGCGACUGAACAUUGUGCGUGUGUGCGCGCACUCAGCUGGAUGUCGCGCAGUAGAGCCUUCGACGCUGUCCACAGCAUCAGGAAGCAGCAGACGGCACGCAACAGACGGCUGCGAAAAUGGUAACAGGUGGGAAUCAUCUACUAGGGCACUUCUCCAUGGAGACGGCGCCUCGUACGUACAUGUGCGCAGCGCGCCGAGAGGCCCACAAUGCGACGAGUCUUCAGGCACGUCUUGAGGCUUGUCCCUCGAACUCGAAUGACCGGGGAGGACGCAGGUCGGGCACACAGCGCAGGCAGGGCAGCUGCGUCCAUAGGUCGAUGUGCCCGCGCUGUCUGUUGCACCGACGUCCGGCGAGCAGCGCGUCUCGCCGCCUGGACGUGACCUGGCGCGAGGGUGAGCUGACGCGCGGCCGUUCUCCCGUCGCGUACCUCAUCUGAUGCUAGGUCGUGAGGGAGAUGCGGG